AUGUUGAUGGUGCUUGGGAGACCUUCUAGCGGUCGCUCGACGUUCCUUAAGACCGUUUGUGGUGAACUACGAGGUCUAAAACUCCACGAGGAUUCGAUAAUUCAUCAUAAUGGCCUUUCCAUGGAGCAUAUGCAAAAGGGAGCCCGACUCAAGACAGUUUAUAACCAUGAAAGAGACUAUCACAUGCCAGAGUUAACGGUUCGUCAAACCUUGGAGUUUGCGGCAGCUGCAAGAACCUCGGCUGGCUUGAAUCGAAGUGAUCAUAUCCAACAGUGUACUAAAGUAGCCUUGGAUGUAUUCAACCUCUCCACUAUUGAAAACAUGCCAGUUGGAAGCGAAUAUCACCAGACUAUUUCCAAUGGAGAGAGGAAAAGAGUCAGCAUCGCCGAAACGGCUCUGUCUCUCGCACCGAUACAAGCAUGGAAUCAUUGUACACGGGGAUUGGACGCAAAAACUGUCUCCGAUUUUGUGAGUUCAUUACGCAUUUCGGCUAAUAUCACAUAUAGUUGUCACAUCGUGUCCUUGGACCAAGCAUCAGAAGCAAUUUACGGUACCUUUGACAAAGUGAUCUUGUUAUAUGAAGGUCGUCAAGUAUUUUACGGCCGGUGUGACCGAGCAAAGGAUUACUUUAUUCAAAUGGGAUGGUGGUCACCGCCUAGUCAGAAUACUGCAGACUUCCUUAUUGGGAUCACAAAUCCGCAAAUUCGCCAAGCUCGGCAAGGCAUGGGGGAGGUGGUACCUCGAACGCCGAGGGAGUUUGAAGAAUAUUGGAAACGCAGUGCCGAUUACAGGGACCUUAGAAAUGAGGUUAGCCAGUUUCAGGAGUCACAGACCCAAGGUUUUGCAGGACGCAGUCCUUGGAGAAAAGAGAAAUAUAGCGCAUAUGUUAUCACACCUGCAAUGCAGAUCGGUCUCUGUACUAAACGAGCUUGCCAGAGGGUCUGGAACAACAAAUCACCGUUGCUAACGAUUAUAAUCGGUCGCAUUGCAAUGGCUUUCAUACUUGGAUCUGUAUAUUAUGGGACCCCGGACACUACAGCGGGAUUCCAGAGCCGAGGAUCUAUUCUUUUCUUUGCAGUAGCAAUAAAUACUUUGAUGAAUACCAUGGAGAUUACGUCUUACCACAAUAUACGUGCCAUCGUCCAAAAGCAAGCCGCGUAUGCGUUUGUUCACCCAUUUGCAGAGGCUGUUGGGAGACUUUUUACGGAUAUACCAAUCAAACUUAUCACUGGAAUAAGCUUCAAUGUCGUUUUAUAUUUCCUUGCUGGGCUGCGUCGAGAACCCAGUCAAUUCUUUAUCUUUCUUCUCUUCGUCUUCGUCGGGACGUUGACAAUGUCUUCAAUAUUCCGGGCUAUUGCGGUGGCAACAAGAAGUACAAAUCAAGCCAUGACACUGGUAGGGGCGCUGAUCACUAUUUAUAUUCUCUACAUGGGUUUUGUCAUACCUCUUCCGAUAAUGAAACCUUGGUUCUCCUGGAUUCGCUGGCUUAACCCCGUCUUCUAUGUGUACGAGGCUCUGAUUAUCAAUGAGUUCCAUGGACGGGAGUUUGUAUGUUCUCAAUUUAUCCCAGACUAUGAGAAUCUCAUAGGGAACACAUUCGUUUGUUCCAUGAGCGGGGCCUUAACUGGGGAAAAAACCGUUCUUGGUGACAAUUAUAUCUUUGUGCAGUACGGUGCUGCUUUCAAAAGUCUAUGGCGCAACUUCGGUAUUAUAAUCAGCUUUUGGGUGUUUUUCCUUGGAGUAUCCUUGUUCGCUAGUGAAUUCCAAUUUGAACCACUUUCUGCGGCUAGAGUUACGAUUUUCCGACGUUUUUCUCCUCCAGCACGCCGUCAAUGCGUUGAAAAUCAGAUGGAUGACUGGAAAGACUCAUCCCCGAGAGAUACUGGUUCUCAGAUUCCUCUCAGCAAUGAGCAUGAACAUUAUAUGUUGAAAAAGCAGUCUAAUGUUUUCACGUGGAAGAAUAUAUGUUAUGACAUCACCAGAAGAGGAACUAGUCGGCGUCUUCUGGACAACUGUUCAGGAUGGGCAAAACCCGGGACCUUGACAGCAAUCAUGGGUGUCUCAGGUUCCGGGAAAACAACACUGUUGAAGGUUUUGGCACAAUACCCAUCCGAUGGGACUGUCAGCGGAACAAUCCAAUUGAAUGGUAGGACAGUGACCGCUAUGGGCUUUCGGCCAUUCAUAGGAUUCGUCCAGCAGGAGGAUAUCCAUUUGCCUACAGCCACGGUGCGAGAAGCUCUCCGCUUUACGACUCGUCUCCGGCGACCUGAUACUGUGUCUGAGGACGAAAAGUAUGCAUAUGUUGAAGAGGUGAUCAGCAUGCUCCAUAUGGAGGAGUAUGCUGAUGCGGUUAUUGGUCUGCCUGGGACUGGGCUGGAUGAUUUGCAGAGGAUAUUACUCGGUUUAGGAUUAGAACUGGCAACUAAACCUGCAUUCCUUUUUCUAGAUGACCCUACCCGUUCACUUGAUACGCAGUCCUCAUUAUUAAUCUAUCGACUUCUCCGACGGCUCUCGGAUGCGGGAUUAGCUGUGAUCUCCACAGUCCAUCAGCCAACAGCUUCUGUGUUUCACCUCUUUGACCAUCUCCUACUCCUAGAGAAUGGCGGUAGGACUGUGUACUUUGGCGAGACCGGUCAUGGUUCUUCUAUUGUGCUUAACUAUUUUGCGCUACAUACUUCUCAAGAGUGCGAAGAGACCGAAAGUCCGGCGGAGUACCUUUUGCGAAUGUCUAACAUGCCUACUGUGGAAGGGGAACGGUCUUCCACAUGGCAGAAGAGUCCAGAGGCUCGGCAUAUCCAGGACAAAAUCGACCAUGUCAAGCAGACUCGUGAGGUUGCUCAGUGCGAGCAACACCUAGCAGAUAUAAAACACCGUGGUUUCGCCUUGCCAUUUUAUCGGCAAUUAUUUAUUGUUACGCAUCGUGUUUUUCAGCAGUAUUGGCGUGAUCCAGCAUAUAUCUACGGGAAGCUUCUCAUGGCAAUAGCAACGGCACUUCUCAUUGGGUUUUCCUCUUUUAAACCAACGAUGACUUUAUCAGGAUACCAAUCAGUAUUAUAUGGUAUUCUGAAUUUAAUGGGAGUAUUAGUGAAUUUAAUCCAGCAGACAAUGCCUAACUUUAUCCUCCAACGGUCCCUAUAUGAAGUCCGUGAGCAACCGUGUAGACUUUAUGCAUGGCCUAUCUUCAUUCUCGCCAACAUCAUUGUUGAAAUUCCAUAUCAGAUAUUCUUUGCCUUCCUCGUCUGGGUAAGCUUUUACUUUCCAAUUUUUGGGGUGCAGCAAACAUCUCAACAGCAGGGCCUAAUGCUCCUAUUUUUGAUACAACUUUGUAUCUUUGCCAUGACGUUGGCCACCUUGAUCAUAUCUGCCCUUCCUGAUGCGGAUACUGUGGGUGCUACAUUUGCGUUCAUCUUCAUGGUAGCGUUCAAUGGAGUGCUUCAGCCACCUGGCGCUCUACCUGGCUUUUGGAUCUUCAUGUACCGACUCUCGCCGUUGACAUAUUUAAUAUCUGGGAUUACGGCAACGGGGCUCCAUAGUCGUCCAGUUCAUUGCUCAUCCGCUGAGACGAAUAUCUUUGACCCUCCAAGUGGGAUGACGUGUGAUGAAUAUCUUGCAUCGUACUUGGAAACUGCAGCGGGAAAACUAUAUAAUCCGUCCGCAAUUCGAAACUGCGAAUAUUGCCCCUUCAGCUACGCAGACCAGCUCCUUGGGAUUAGUGGAUACUACUACAAUGACCGGUGGCGAAAUUGGGGGAUUGGAUGGGCGUAUGUUGUUUUUAACAUUUUGGGCUCCAUGCUGCUGUAUUACAUUUUUCGGGUUCGACGUUGUCAUCCCAUUUCAGGCAUUGGUCACCUUAUUGGCAACCUGUUCGCACACAUGCCCAGAUGA